AUGAUGGUCCAACAACGAAAAUACGCUCCCCAAAUGGAGGCCCCCAAGAAUUGGGGAUCGGGAAGUGCGCGAGAUCUGAAAGCAACGGCAGUCUGGCUAAAACACUCGUCAUUGAUCGGAAAGAGAUCCUCUAUUCAUCUGCUUCGAAUGGGGGCAUUGGUGUUCGCCUUUAUUUCCUGUCAUGCAAUGUUCCAGUCCUCGCCUUCCUCUAUUAGAGAGAGAUCAUUAUCUGUUCUUGACGACUCUGUUUUUGUCUUGGAUCCGCAACAACCUCAAAUUCCUUCCGGCGACGAGGCAAAGCAUCAAGGGCUGUCAGAGGAUGCAAGGAAAAGAAAGCUGCAGGCAGAAGCAAAAGUGAAAGAAGCGCAACAACGCCAUGACAGGGGAAACAAACAGCAAUCCAAAGGCUCAACGAUAAGAGUGCGGACGUCUGCUCCACUGAGUCAACAAUCUGGUGUCCAAGAAGAAAAGGCAGAGCAAGGAUCAAAAGAGGUUCCAGACCAACGAGCUGGAAGGAGAAAGCAGGAGUCAAUCCAUACUAGUAAAAAAGGUGCAGAGGAUGCGUUAAUGCACCCAGCUAAGGCUUUUGAAGUUGGCCAACGACAAAGCGAUCGACAACGACCUCGUGGGCAGCUGCAAGAUAUCCAGACACUCCCGAAGAAGGGAGGAGGACAACAGAAAGCGAGCAAAUCACUGAAGCCAGCGAAAGAAGCAGAAUCCCUGGAAAACAAUCUCAAGACCGGCAAUCUACAGCAGCCGGCACGAAAGCGCCCAGAGAAACAAGAAAACCAGCGACGUGAGAACAAUGCAAUUCAAAACAGCAACGAGACAGCCUCUGAGAACACUGCAAGUCAUCAACAGAAGAACAUGAAGCAACGACAAAGCCAUCAGAACAUGAAACAAACAGACAUGAAACAAAACAAGCAAAAGGAGGGUAUGAAGCAGAGUGCACAUGAAAUUCAUGGCCCAAAGCAACAGCAACAAGGAGAACGCCCCGGCAAACGAGAAGCUAGCAACAAGAAGCCACAAGGAGAUAGCCUCAUCCCAAAAGACAACCAGAUUAUUGUUCAAAAGAUACCCACAGAAAAAGAACGAAUCAUAACCUUUGUUCAUGUUGGCAAGGCUGGAGGCAUGAGCUUGCGGAACAAGCUCAGCUUGACCUGCCGUCUACCAUUGGAUCAUGACAGAACCCAAAACGAGAUUCGCCGAUGCAUUGACAAGAAACAUCGCAACAAACGAGAUCUGCUGGGACGUCAAACUCAGUACUACUUUCACAUGUGGUCGUACCGACAAUCAUAUUUUCGGCAAUCCACUUCCUUCCUCUUCGUGCUUCGCAGCCCUGUGGAUAGAGUGUUGUCCGCAUAUCGGUACGCUCACAUCCAAAAUUGUCACCAUGAUCGCAGUGUGUACAAGGGUAGCCAAUUGCCGCUUGGCUGCCUUCUGGCCGACCGCCUAAACAAAGCUGGGAACAAGCAAAAAGGGCCAACUGGGGUCUUCUUCAAAUUCUGCUUUCCAUAUGCAGCCGCCGAGGAGUUUGCACAAAGUGUCAUGUCGCCAUGGAAGGCAGAUCCAACACAUCCCAACACAACCGUUCCAUCAUCCUUGGCCACCAAAUCCCGACGUGAGCAAAUGGAUUGUCGCAAAAAGGCCCGUGGCGCUGCGAGCGGCACCUUCAACACUGGUUCCUUUCAUUUGGAAUAUAACUAUCGAUACUAUGCAAGCAGUACUGCCUAUGCCUUUCCCGACAAAGAAGUACUGGCCAUUCGCACGGAAAAUGAAUGGGAAGACAUCCAACAUCUCGCCAACAACUACUUGGGUGGAAACACCACCUUUGACAACACUAAGGCAGUGUCUCACGGAAGUGAAAAGCACCAUCCCUCACCAAUUACUCAAGAGGCCUACAGGAAGCUAUGUUGUGUGUUGGAGGAGGAGAUUGAAAUAUACCUGGACUUGCUGGACAGAGCACAAAACCUGAGUGAAGGAGCCAAAAAGGAAACAGACUGGAACCUGCGUGAAAAGUGUGGCGUGAAACUUGGCUGGAUCGAAUGGAGAAGGCGUUGCAAGAUCAAGUUGCAAAGAGAUGAGAAACGCCUGGGAAUUGUGCCGGUAGCUACCAGCCGACUCUAA